GCACAGCAAAGAUGCUGCAUAUGGACUGAGUAUCACGAUCAAUCUAUAUCAUCAACCUGGUCUCUGAUAUAUGAUACAUUAAUGAUUCUGUAGUAUUAAAUAUGCGAGGCUAUUUAUAGGCUAAGGCUAAACUAUAAUAACACAGGCCUAAUUGUCAUGAAAUGACUCUGCUUAAUAAUAGAGAAUUGUUAGUAGGCCCAUGCCAAGCUAGGCUAAAGCACAGAGGAAAGGUUUUUGACAUAACAUUUAUGUCAACAUUAAGCUUGAUCGGUUUCCUGGAUUAAAGACAAAUGCGUCUGAUAGACCACCUGACUCCAAACACUGCGAAACUAUGUGGCUCCGCCGUGCGCUUUUCCUUAGAACUCCAAAUCCCAGCAACACCCGCAGAAAAUCAACGUCCCUUUUGCACGAAAACGCUUCUUGAUAAAAUCAAUGUCCUCCCCGACUGGAGCAGAAGAUGAAGAUGAGGUGGAGUUUGUGUCAGAGGCUCCACUCAGACCUGUACUGGAGUGUAUUGAUUUACUGAGUGAGGGCGAAGACGAUGAAAGUUUACCCAUGGCAGAGACAAUUGAAGAUGAGAUUGAGCGACAGAAGGCUCAGGUCACCUCCACUUUGGACAGACUGGCUCAGCAAGUCGCUGUGGAGAAAAAGGAAAGAGCAGAGAAGUGUAAAGCCUUCAAGGAGAAGCAAAUCUCACAAAAGGCUCAUGGGCGGCAGGAACUGGCAUUUAGUCCCAAUGGACAUGCAUAUGAUGCCAAGCGCUGUGUGGACAUGUGGUUAAAGAUGCCAGGUGUGAAACCUGGUAUCAUCAAUACUGGAGCUAGCUGGAGACGCAGACAGGUCCCCUUUCCUACCAGUAGCUCAUCUACACAUACCUGUCCAGUGAUCAACUGUGGUCGGGUUUAUGACAACGUGCCUCUCCUGGAAGGUCACUUGAAAAGGUUUGACCACUCUCCUUGUGAUCCGACCAUCUACCUGAAAGGAAGCCCAACUGAGCUGUUUGCUUGCGUUGCCUGUGGUCUGCAUUUUGAAACCAAAGAGGCUUGGAGGGUGCAUCAGCAGUCAAUGCUGUCCUCCUCACCUAAUGAAGACCAUGACCACAGUCAGACCUGCCAGUCCAUCGUCUGCUUCGCCUGCCCUGCCUGCUACUUCCUGUUCUACACCAGGGACAUGUGCCUCCAUCACAUGUCGGCCAAAAAACACUUCUCUCAGUCCAUCAUCAUGAGUGAAACUACAGGGACAGCAUUGCCAGUUCCCAUCCCACGAUAUGCGAAGAAUCGUCUUACUGCUUUAUGUAAGGAGGUUUCAUUCAGCGUGAGAUGUACAACAUGCCGAAAGGGGCUUAACUCACACAUGGAAGCACAGGCCCACUUCAAUGUGGAGUGCAGAGAGGGCGGUGCCAGGGCUGAGGCAGAGAAAACAGUGGUGCAGGUUAUGAAACAACUGCAAGUGCUGGGCCAGUGCUCUGUGUGUUGCAAACUGUUCCUCACCCAAGGUGAAGUUGAAAGGCACAAAGAAUUGAGUCAGCACAUUACUGAGGUCAACAGCACCAUGGAAAGGGCGAUUCUGCACUACAGCAAUUUCUAUGAAAUCCAACACGCCAAGAGGGCUGCGGUUGCCCCGUCACAGAAGAGGGACAAGGAGAGAGGUGAUUCUGUUGGAUACCCAGCCAAGCGCCAGAGACGCGGGGGAACUUUGAAAGGCAGUGCCGGGCCCUCAACGAGUGUCUCGAUAGUGGCAUGGUUCUGUGAAUGUGGCCAGCGCUUUUCAGAGGAGGCUAUGGCUAGCAAGCACCUUUUAGAUGCCAAUCAGAUAUUCCAUCAAUGUGGUGUGUGUGGAAAGCAUAUGGGUGAGUCGUCCAUCACUCGCCUGCACAUGAGCCGCUUUCACGGCGGCGCCCACCUCUCAAACUUCCUAUUCCACUGCCGGCUGUGCAAGGUGGACAUGCCACGUCACGAGGACAUCCUGUUGCAUGUGUCAGAGACCCACAGUGGACACACUUACUUCAGGGAAAGAGAGGUAUCAGACAAGGAGCCUGCUCCCAUCUCCUAUUCCAAACCCUCCACCAGUGGCAGACCUGAGCCCAGGGCUAGAACUACAACUCCCACACGUCUCCCCAAACAGGACGAGAGGUGGCUGUGCAGAAUGUGUGAGGACAUCUUUGACUCGGAGCGAGCCGUGCACAAGCACUGCAGAGAUGUGAGAAACCACAGUUUCCAGAGGUUUGCCUGUGGCCACUGCCCACAGAAGUUCUUCAAGGAGGACACCUUACGCAGGCACUGUGUGAACGAGCACAGCAACCAAAUAGUGACACGCUACUUCUGCGGGCUCUGUGACAGCAUGCAGUAUGACACUGAGGGGGAGUUCCAGGAGCACUAUAGAAGCCUGCACAGUAAGGACUACUACCUCAUGGAUGUGCCUGAGGUUGAUAGACCCACUGAGGCUGAAAACUACAACUCCAGUCAACUGGCAACAACCAGUGAAUGUCUGUGUCCAUGCAUGUCGUCAGAAAAGGCCAAAGACGAAAGGAAGGCUACUUUCACACGAUGCAUGAAGCGGCUGUCCAGUGAAGACAAAUGCAGCUUUGUAUGUGCACCAUGCGACAUCAAGGUAGCCUCCUUUUCUCAGAUUAAGACUCAUGUCCACUCUCAACACGAAGCCUUGGGGCUAGAGAAGACAUUUGACGUGGUGUGUGGAUCCUGUCAGGAAAGUCAUAACGACGUGCCCAGUUUCCAUAACCACUACCACUCCCAGCACUGCUUUCUGGAGCCUUGCUCCAGCUCUAGAGAUGGAGGUGAGAGUCGUACGGAGAAGGCAGCAGCUUCCUCCGCUGUUAAGACACUGGCUGCUGUGGAGAUUAAACCGGAAGUGAAUGUGGAGGAGUUUGAAGAUAUGAAACAUGCCGUCGCUGUGAACUUGGAUGAGGUCAGAGAUGACACUGAACCCCAUAGAGAUGAAUCUGAGGAAAUGAAGCGUGCCUUGGCUUUAAGUGCAGAAGAAGCAAGAGAGCCAACUGACUUUGAUAUUGCGUUACAUGCUUGAAGAAUAACCUUAGUAGAUGGAGGAAGCUCUCAAAAGAAGCCUUCUUGAAUACUGAUCAGCAAAUGUUACUUUCUGGUAGCCUGUCAUUUAUUUAGAUUUAUGGCACGUGUAACAUAUCAGCUACUUUCAAAAUCGUUACACUUUAUGACACCCUUAUACCUAUGUGAUUACACAGUAAUAACUGUAGUAACAUAUGAACUGUAAAGAUUAUGUUGAGGCAUACCGUGUAUGCAUCUUUAUCACAUGUUCAGAGCUCUUUUUAAAUAAAGAUGUUAAGUAUU